UAUUACCAUUACCAGCAAAGAGUAAUUCCGUUUGAGAAUUCGUAGUGGGUGGCGGGAAGAGACGGAGCCAAAAAUUUAACACCCCAAAACGAUGCAGUACGCAGACAGCACACCCAGCAGCCAUUUUUUUCUCUUCAUCAAAGAUUUGCAGAUUCUCCUCCACCCACCAUUGUCCGGCUAUUCUCCUCCGUGCCUCCGUCCGUUCACCAUUAUAGAUUAUAGCCUCAGAUUUGUAUAUGCUAAUUGAAUACAUAUUCAAAAUAUUUUCAAACUGGGAAUUCAAUCUGCUAGUCUCAACUCUCAAGUAUGAAGUAUUGAAGAUCUAGAGACUAGAGUUUACUUGAAGGGAACCAGUCAGUUUAAAGACCAUUUUCAAGGGAGUUACAAAAGUCAUCAUGAAAUUUAGCACAAAGAUUGGAACUCCUAGGCUAUCGCACAAGAGCUUCCUGUGGUCCUCAAGAAGAAUAUAGAGUAAAAUUUGAAGAAUGCAAUCGAAGAUUAACGCCUUUUUCAGACCCUGCACUUCCAAGACCGCCGACGCUUCUUCCAUCUCCGGUGAUUUGUUCCACCGGGAAGGCACAAAAAAGAAAUACCCAGAUAUUACCGUUACAUAUAAGCGUAGAAAUUCCCAACCAUGUGGUGAUAGCAAGGAUGGAUCAAAUGGUGAAGCACCCAAGAAAAUUGAUUCUAGGAGCUCAAUUGUGAAAUUUGGUUUGCCCACAUCUGGAAAAGUUCUGAAUAAGAAGAGAAAAUAUGCCCAAUUUCAUUUGGAAUUUGGUCAGUCUGAUUUUUUCUUGCACACUUGCAAUGUAUGCAACUUCCAGUAUGCUACUGGUCAAGAAGGGGAUGAGAAGGUUCACCAGGCAUUUCACAAGAAUUACACUGUUGGAAUCCCAUUUAAGGGCUGGCAGAAUGAAAGAAUUAUUCCAAUUCCUUCAUUUGAAGCAGGACGCAUUAUCUUGGUCUUAAAUGAUGACCCUCCUCCUUGGAGAAACAAGGUUCAGGAAGUUGUAAAGAUGAUGGAGGUGGAACUUGGUGAAGGGUGGAUAUAUAAUCAGCAAUGCAAGGUGUAUUUGUUUAUCUCUUCUCGAAGAAUUGGUGGAUGCCUGGUAGCAGAACCUAUAAAGGAGGCAUAUAGAAUUGUCUCUAGCUCGCAAGGCAAGAAGUUUAGUGUUGCGGCUGAAAGGGAAGUAAGUCAGAGAUCUACGGUUCUGCAGUUUGGAGGAGUCAGUUUUCAACGGGAAAAAGUAAGAAGAGAUCCCCCUAAAGAAAGACUCGAUGGCUUAGAUGAUGACCUAAAUGGAGUGAUCUUGUGUGAGAAGGAAGCUGUACCUGCUUUGUGUGGCGUUAGAGCCAUUUGGGUCACUCCUUCCAAUAGAAGAAAACAUAUUGCUAGUUAUUUGCUUGAUGCUGCAAGGAAAAGUUUUUGCAAUGGUCAAGUUCUCUUGCGCUCAGAGCUCGCAUUUUCUCAGCCAACUUCAGUUGGGAAGGUGUUCAUAUCCAGCUAUACUAGCAGUUCAUCCUUCUUCCUAUACACCUCCAGUGGCUCUAAGUAGGCUCCAUCUUCUUUCAGCAACUCUCUUUAGGUACUGCUUAAUCCAUCUUUCAUGUGAUUCUUAUAUUUGAAUUGGAUAAAUUAUACUUUGAUGAGUAGCCAGUAGGUUUCACUUCACAGGACAUGAUAUUUGUUUUGGCAAUUAGCGGUUAGUAGUGAAUAAUGGAUUAUAUUUAUAGUUUUGACUAGCGGAUUGUCUUAGUAAUUUGUAAGAGAGAACUUAUACAAUCCAUUUUGUUCCUCCAUAACAUAUUAACACUACAUACACUAUUCAGCCAGUAAAAGUUAUUAUCAAUG